CCCCGUCGUUGUGAUAGAAAUGGUUUAGCCCUGUUUUUAAACUUGAAGGGUGAAGUAAACGCUUUGACGCAGAUACAGUUUACGUACAGUAGGACUUUUGAGUUUCACCUGUUGGAAUAAUAAGUAGACUGUUGCUGUGAUGCCAAAUGAAAGAGACGAGGCCUCUGAUGAGUCUCCUAAUGACCUUCCCUGUCUGGAAAAACUCCACUCUCCUACAGGGAGCCCACCUACCGCCUCAUUAUCCAGUCUGAUGGAGCUGGAAAAUAGUGUUUCCAACCUCAGCCUUGCGCAUGAGAUAGUGGUGAACAGAGACUUCUGCUUCAAACCCAGGAGCCCUCCCACCGACAGUUUGGAGGGAAGAGUAACAGAGAUUGUUCACCGAGCCUUUUGGGACAGUCUGCAAGAACAGCUGAGCAGUGAUCCUCCAGAAUUCAGCCACGCCAUCAUCCUGCUUCAAGAGGUCAAGACUUUGCUUCAGUCGCUGCUGCUGCCAGGCCAUGUCAGACUCAGAUCUCAGCUGGAUGAAGUCCUGGACAUGGAACUGAUCCAGCAGGAGGUGAAUCACGGAGCUCUGGAUCUUCACAGACUGGCGGGAUACAUCAUCAACACCAUGGGUUCCCUGUGUGCUCCUGUGAGGGACCCAGAGAUCAGGGCGCUGCGGGACCUCAGGGACCCUGUGGAGCUCUUCAGGGAGAUCUUUCGCGUCUUGGGGCUCAUGAAGAUCGACAUGGUUAAUUUCACCGUCCAGACUCUGAGGCCUCACCUGAUGCAGCAGGCCGUGCAGUAUGAGAGGGCCAAAUUCCAGCAGAUUCUGGACCAGCACCCAGCGUCUCUGGAUAACACCAGCGCUUGGCUUCAGGCUGCAGCGUCAGAGGAGGCGUCGGCUGUCAGCGCUGGAUCUGAGGCUCCUGACAGCAGAAGCCCCGUCAGCGCCACGGCCGUCCUCAACCGGGCCUACAUACGUCUGCUGCACUGGAGCCCGCAAGAGCAGAAAUAUCCUGAGACCGUGCUGAUGGACCGGGCCCGGCUGGACCCUCUGGGCCGCCGGCUUCAGAUGCUGGUCCUGGAGGCGUCGGUGCUGCUGUUGACCAGCGCCCAGUGCGGGGGUACUGUGUUCUCCCUGCAGGGGUUUGUAGGUAAACUCAGGCAGUCCAUCACUGCCCUGCUAGAAGGCAGUCACACCAGGGAGGAUGACCUGAAGGGGGCGCUCUUGGGGCUCGGGGAGAAGGUACUGCAGCAGGUGAACGAAGCUCUGAGCAGACAGGAAGGAGCAGCGCUACCUCAGGAGAACCAGGAUCUGCUGAGGGGACAAAUAACCAACCUGUGGAAGCACAACAACCCCGUUCGCUGCCUCAUAGGAGAGAGGGUACAGGGCUUCCUCCAGGCCAUGCUGCAGGGCGGCCCCUCUAAAAGGAGUCCAGAUCUGCCCGCUACCCUCAGGCUGGUUGGCGCCGAGCUGGCUGAGCUGGGGACGGCCUUCGGGCAAAUCGUCCACUUCAACCGCGCAGUGUUCGGUCCCUUCUACGCGCCCAUCCUCAGGAAACUGCUGUUCCCACCGGGAGAGGCGGAGACGGGGGAGGACUCACGCUAAACGGAAGCGGACCUGGACAGCUGUUAAUGACCUUUGCUUUAAACGCCAGAGCUUUAGUGUAAAUAUAAAAACCGAGGGCAUUAAAGAGAAUCUUAUGUGUCAUAUCAAACCCAAAGUAUAAAACAACAAGGCAGCUACAGUUGGGACUCACCAACAGAGUCUGUUUGGGUCUCUGAUGAGACAUUUAAAGCCUCCAGGGAAACGGUUUUCACAUCAUACGUUGUUAGAAGGGAAGAUGAGAAAGUCCACAUCUCAGAGUAGAGCAGGUACCGAGCAGUUCAAUAACUUGUAAGCAUCAGAGUGGAUCGUCACGACACACUCGAACACACAAAAGUAGAUUAAAAGACAAACUUAAUAGAUGGUUUGAAAGAAUAGAAUCUGUGUUUUCCACCUGGACAGGACUGAUUCAGUACGCAGUCAGUGUUUUAAUAAUAAAAACAAAACAGGUAUUUAAUCAAAGCAGGAGAAUAAUUGUGAUUCUGAAAUGUUUUUUGUAAAGAUUAUUUGCCUGGGAAACACCUCAGUUUAUUCUCAAGAUAAACACCCGCAGGACAAACGAAGUACCAAAGAAAAGAUGCCUGUAAAUGAAGCUAAAAUUAUAGAACUAGGUGCUUUUAACAGAUUUUUAUAUAUAUGAGACACCAAAGACAGUACGCACUUUGUUAUUUGUUGUUGUUUGGGGUGGGGGUUGUUUAUGAUUUUUCUUUCUUUUUUUUUUUCAUUCUAAAAAAAAUAUAUAUAUCUAUAUCUAUAUAUAUAUAUAUAUAGAUAUAUAUAUAUGUUUUCCGACAUGUUUUCAAUUUUUGGUGGACGUGGCAUAGAAUUCCCUAAAUAAUCAAUGUCUCCAAUGACAGUUAUUGCAGUAAUAUGACUGGCUGAGCUAAACACAAAACCAGUGAAAUAGUUACAUUGACAGAUGUUUGCAGCCUCAGUUUGUUCCUCCCCUGAGUUAUUUUUGCAGUGAUAAUUGAGUUAACCACUUUGAAUGCUACACAAUAUGGACAAAAGUAUUGGGACACAUGACACAUCAUGACAAAUGGUAUAAUAUAAUUUUAUAAUGUAAAAAUACCAUUGCAAUAAAUGUUUUAUUUAAUCUUAGGGUUAAUGUGUUUACGUUGUCAUAUGAAACACCCAAAAUGCUUCAUUCAUUCAAUUUCUGAAAUAUUUGUUCCGUUUUGACCAUAAAUAAUAUUUUAAAAUCCUGAGUAACCAUCUGUUUUCUACAAAAUUCCCACUCAGGAU